ACUCACGGAGCGGGAGGCGGAGGCUCAGGCGGCCGCUCCCGCUGCUGCUGCUGCCGCUGCCGCUGCUCCUGCUGCUGCUGCUGCUGCCGCCGCGGCUGCUCCGGCUGAGCGCGCCCCGGAACAGGCCGCCGCGCGCCGUGCACGGACCCGCAGCCCCCGCCGGCCCGGCCGGGUCGGGCGGCCCAGGUGCUCAGUGCAUUGUGGAUUGAAUGACUUCCCCGGAGGCCAUCGGCAGGUUUUUCGAAGACCAAAGCCUUUCCUGCUUCAGGACCUUUACCUGUGUGUGCCCCCCACCCAGCUGCUCCUCACGCUUCAGGGCCGCACCUUCCUAUUUCUGCCCAGCCACAGCCCUCCCAGCACAGUUGAGCAGCUGUUCGCCUGAAGUUAAUUUCCAGAAGCAGGAGUCCCCAGGGCUGGCCAGGGAAUGAACCGCGAGGGGGCGCCCGGGAAGAGUCCGGAGGACAUGUACAUUCAGCAGAAGGUCCGGGUGCUGCUCAUGCUGAGGAAGAUGGGAUCAAAUCUGACGGCCAGCGAGGAGGAGUUUCUGCGCACCUACGCGGGGGUCGUCAACACCCAGCUCAGCCAGCUGCCCCAGCACCCCAUCGACCAGGGUGCAGAGGACGUGGUGAUGGCGUUUUCCAGGUCGGAGACGGAGGACCGGAGGCAGUAGCUGUGAACCCCUUGGAACACCCUGGAAGCUGGCAAGGGCCAAGAGAUCUGUGUGGACCUCAGCCAGCCGAGUGGCAGCAGAUCGCCUUCCCGCUUCCCCCUGCCCCCUACACCCCACCCCACCCCGCUCCAGGGUCACUCCGCAGGGCUGGCAUCUGAAGGCGUCACCGGCGGUGCAGUUACAAUUGGCUUAAAAGGACGGACUCAUGAUUGGCUGCAGGAAGAAACCCUUUUAUUUUUAAAUCUUGACCAACAGAAACCUUUUAUUUUUAUUUCUGACUUUUUUUUUUUUUUUUUUUCCAAUUUGCUCCUCGGUAGAUGGCUUCCCAGGAAGCUCUCCGAGAUCUGGUGCUUUAUUUAGGUCACUUUUUAGGAAUGUGAAGAGGCCCGAUUGGCUGCUUAAACUGGAAAAGGAUUUUGAUUGGCCGGCUCGUGGGAAACGGUUUUUUUUUUCUUUGAUUGGCUGCAGGUGUUCUGCUGAUAGCAACAGCUUCUCUCUCGUGAAUGCUGAAAACAGGGUUUGGGACAUUGGUUGUUAUAUUUGACUUGAAAAGAAAAAAAAAAAAAAGAAAGAAACCAAGUGCGCUUUGCAAUAUUUAUUACACAAAGA